CACACCACCGCACAGCACCGAGCCGACAGCUGCGCGGGGAGGAGAGAUCGAUGGGGAGCAGCGGCGGCAGCAGCGAGUACUUCCUGCGCCAGCUGAGCUCCAGCGACGGCGGCAGCGCGCCGGCGCCGCAGCACCGCCAGCCGGAGGAGUGGGAGUGCGGCGGCGGGGGCAGGCGCGGGUCGAGGCGGUGGUCCGGCAGGAAGAAACCGAGGGCGCGUGGCCACCGGCGCGGCGUCGGCGGCGGGUUAUGCGGGGGCCGGGAGGAGGAGGCUGCCGCGGCGGCGGGGAGGAAGCGGGUGAUGGUGGUGGUGGACCAGAGCUCCGGGGCCAAGCACGCCAUGAUGUGGGCGCUCACCCACGUCGCCAACAGGGGCGACUUCCUCACGCUGCUCCACGUCCUGCCCCGCGGCGGCGCCGGCGAGGAGGCCUCCGCGCUCGCCAACUCCCUCGGCUCCCUCUGCAAGGCCUGCAAGCCUGAGGUGGAGGUGGAAGCGCUCGUGAUCCAGGGGCCCAUGCUGGCCACCGUGCUGAGCCAGGUGAAGAAGCUGGAGGCGUCGGUGCUCGUGCUCAGCCAACGCAAGCCCUCGCCUUUCUGCUGCUUCAUGCGGAGCAGCGGCGAGGUGCUGGUGGAGGAGUGCAUCAACAGGGCGGAGUGCCUGACGCUGGCGGUGCGGCGGCAGAGCAAGGGCGUCGGCGGCUACCUCGUCAGCACCCGCUGGCAGAAGAACUUCUGGCUCCUAGCUUGAGAAUUCUUCACAAGAGCAGAUCAGAUGAGCCUCCCCGGGAAAUUUUACUAUUCCUACCGAUCGAGGCUGCAACUCUGAGGCUGAGGCUGCUAAUAAGUGAUCACGUACUGCAUCAUCAAUAGACCUUCAGUAUGUUUAUUUGUGCGCGUGCUUCUUCUGUGUGUGUGCAUGCGAGUUGUUAAUUAGCAGUAGCUCUCACUUCACUUCACUUCGCUGAUGUAUGUAAAGCCAAAAGCUGACCCGCUUCGUGUAAACCUUUUCCUGUGUGUGUUUGUUUGCUGAUGUUGUGCAGGACAUACAAUGCAUAAACUGCCAUUUGUUGUAAUAAUUGUUUGUUUGUUUGUGUAUGUUUACUGAGUGAGUGGAGUAUCAUCUGAGGUGUUUGACCAA